UUACAGGUUUUAUUGGGAUCUAUGUAUGCUGCUGUUACUAGUAGCCAAUCUGAUAAUUCUACCAGUUGCCAUUAGUUUUUUCAACGAUGAUCUAAGCACCCGAUGGAUAGCCUUCAACUGCCUUUCGGAUACAAUAUUUCUUAUAGAUAUUGUUGUUAAUUUCAGAACGGGAAUAAUGCAGCAAGAUAACGCUGAGCAGGUGAUACUGGACCCAAAGCUGAUAGCGAAACACUACCUCAGGACCUGGUUCUUUCUUGACCUUAUCUCCUCUAUACCACUAGACUACAUUUUUCUCAUAUUUAAUCAAUUUCAGGACUUUAGUGAGUCUUUCCAGAUUUUACACGCUGGACGCGCGCUUAGAAUUCUCAGAUUGGCGAAGCUUCUCUCGCUAGUAAGACUGCUAAGGUUAUCAAGACUUGUGCGAUACGUAUCGCAAUGGGAAGAGGUCUAUAUCCCCCUAUACCAACAGCCGGAGAGACACUACGAGCGACGGGCUACACCGCCCCAACCAGACCGAACGAGCAAGAUAUUGCAGAACCUACAAAAAAAACGCACUGAGCGGAGGGGGCGCCUAAGCUCUGACAAUAUGAAUAAAAAGAAGUCCGGUUUCAACAAAAGCGACCUUAUUUUUAAGUUCCUGAACAUGGCGUCGGUGUUCAUGAGAAUAUUCAAUCUGAUCUGUAUGAUGCUAUUGAUCGGCCACUGGAGUGGUUGUCUUCAAUUCCUUGUUCCUAUGCUUCAGGGAUUCCCAAGUAAUUCUUGGGUCGCGAUUAAUGAAUUGCAGGACUCAUUCUGGCUGGAACAAUACUCCUGGGCCCUUUUCAAAGCAAUGUCGCACAUGUUGUGCAUAGGAUACGGCAGGUUUCCACCGCAGUCAUUGACCGAUAUGUGGCUCACGAUGCUCAGCAUGAUCAGUGGGGCAACAUGUUAUGCACUGUUCCUUGGUCACGCCACAAAUCUUAUCCAGUCACUUGACUCAUCGCGUAGGCAGUAUCGUGAGAAGGUCAAACAAGUCGAAGAGUACAUGGCAUAUCGAAAGCUACCUCGGGAAAUGCGUCAAAGAAUAACGGAGUACUUUGAGCAUCGUUACCAAGGCAAGUUUUUCGACGAAGAGCUCAUCCUCGGAGAACUCUCCGAAAAACUUAGAGAGGACGUGAUAAAUUACAACUGCAGAUCGCUCGUUGCUUCAGUACCCUUCUUUGCGAACGCAGAUUCAAACUUUGUCUCUGAUGUUGUCACUAAAUUGAGAUAUGAAGUCUUCCAACCAGGUGACAUAAUAAUAAAGGAGGGAACGAUAGGUUCAAAAAUGUAUUUUAUACAAGAAGGAAUAGUGGAUAUUGUUAUGGCGAAUGGUGAAGUUGCCACUUCACUAUCCGAUGGAUCGUAUUUUGGUGAAAUAUGUUUGCUCACAAAUGCAAGGCGUGUUGCAUCAGUACGUGCCGAGACAUAUUGCAAUCUAUUUAGUCUCUCAGUGGACCAUUUUAAUGCAGUACUGGACCAAUAUCCGCUUAUGCGUAGAACGAUGGAGAGCGUUGCCGCCGAGAGGUUGAACAAAAUUGGUAAAAAUCCAAACUUGGUGGCACAUCGUGAAGAGGAUCUUGGCAGUGAAUCCAAAACGAUAAAUGCCGUCGUUAAUGCACUUGCCGAACAAGCAGCACAUGCAAGUGCUAGCGAAGAAUCGGUUCAUAGCUUAGAAAUGAGAACACUUCCAACGAGCCUACUACCAAGGCCAAAAUCGGAAAAUAAUUUUGCAAGUCAAGAUUUACAACGUGAAGACCGUAGAAUCUUCCACAAAAGUGAUACAUUUCACAAGGACUCGUAUCAAUGA